CUCUUCAAUGGCUUAGAUAUUUCCUCCUCCUCCUUUAUUCUGCACUCGGAUAAACCAAUCCCCACCUCUCGGCGCGAAAGUGCGGAGCCGUGACCCGUUCUAGGGAAAGGAAAAAAAAAAAUCCCUGGAGAGACCCGCUGCACCAAAAAGCCUCCCGGGACAUGUGCGAGUCGAAGCGGUGAUCGCUCGGAUCUGAUCUGCCCGGACCCAAAACUAUCCCGGCAUCGCUCUGCCGGGAAGGAGGAAGAGCAGGAGGAGGAGGAAGGGUGGUCGGGAAGACGCAUCGCGAAAGUGGAAGCCCGGGGAAAAGAAAGUUGCCGGGCUGCCCGCAGUAAGUUCCGCGCCUCCGUGGGCUGGGGGGACCGUCCCUUCUUCCCCCGCUGCCCGCGGGGCCCGGGCGAUGCUGCCCCGCACGGCCGCCCCCCGCCCCGCGCCCUCGCCCGGCUCGGGGGCGAUGCUGUGCCGGGCAGGGGCCGGGAGGCCGCUGCAGUGACCCCCGAGCAGCCCCCAGCGCCGCGCUCGGGCCCCACGGGAACCGCCGCGAUGGGGCCGGCGGCCGGGAACGCCGGCAGGACCGUCCUGCUGCUCUGCUGCCUCAGCCGCUUCUGCGCCGGCAUCAGCUCCAUGGACAUCGACCGCCCCGGCGACGGGAGGUGCCAGCCCAUAGAGAUCCCCAUGUGCAAGGAUAUCGGGUACAACAUGACGAGGAUGCCGAACCUGAUGGGGCACGAAAACCAGAGGGAAGCUGCCAUCCAGCUGCACGAGUUUGCCCCCUUGGUGGAGUACGGCUGCCACAGCCAUCUGAAAUUUUUCCUCUGCUCCCUCUACGCCCCGAUGUGCACGGAGCAGGUUUCUACCCCGAUCCCAGCCUGCAGGGUGAUGUGCGAGCAGGCGAGGCUGAAGUGCUCCCCUAUAAUGGAGCAGUUCAAUUUUAAGUGGCCGGACUCCUUGGACUGCAGCAAACUGCCCAACAAGAACGACCCCAAUUACCUGUGCAUGGAAGCCCCCAACAACGGGUCCGAUGAGCCACCCAGAGGGUCCAGCAUGCUGCCACCCAUGUUUCGUCCCCAGCGGCCCAGCAGUGGCCACGAUCUGCAGCAGCACAAGGACAGCCUCAGCAGAACCUCCUGUGAAAACCCCGGCAAGUUCCACCAUGUGGAAAAGAGCGCUUCCUGCGCGCCGCUCUGCACUCCAGGGGUCGAUGUUUACUGGAGCAGGGAUGACAAACAGUUCGCUGUCAUUUGGAUUGCCAUCUGGUCCAUUCUGUGCUUCUUCUCCAGUGCUUUCACUGUACUCACUUUUCUGAUAGAUCCUCAGCGUUUCAAGUACCCCGAGAGGCCCAUUAUCUUCCUCUCCAUGUGCUACUGUGUCUACUCGGUGGGGUACAUCAUCCGCCUCUUUUCAGGUGCUGAAAGCAUCGCCUGUGACAGGGACAGCGGCCAGCUCUAUGUCAUCCAGGAAGGGCUGGAGAGCACUGGCUGCACCAUUGUCUUCCUGGUUCUGUAUUACUUUGGUAUGGCGAGUUCCUUGUGGUGGGUGAUCUUGACUUUAACCUGGUUUCUAGCAGCUGGGAAAAAGUGGGGGCACGAAGCAAUCGAAGCAAACAGUAGCUACUUUCAUUUGGCAGCGUGGGCCAUCCCGGCCGUGAAGACCAUAAUGAUCCUAGUUAUGAGAAGGGUGGCUGGAGACGAGCUGACAGGGCUGUGCUAUGUUGGCAGCAUGGAUGUGAAUGCCUUGACGGGGUUUGUACUCAUUCCUUUGGCUUGUUACCUAAUCAUUGGCACUUCUUUUAUUCUUUCUGGCUUUGUGGCCCUUUUUCAUAUCAGGAGGGUGAUGAAAACAGGUGGAGAAAACACCGACAAGCUGGAGAAACUUAUGGUCAGGAUUGGUGUCUUCUCAGUCUUGUAUACAGUGCCUGCAACCUGUGUGAUAGCUUGCUAUUUUUAUGAAAGACUGAAUAUGGAUUAUUGGAAAAUUGUGGCGACUCAACAGAAAUGCAAGAUGAACAAUCAGACUAAAAAUUUAGACUGCAUGAUGAAUAACUCUAUCCCAGCAGUAGAAAUCUUUAUGGUGAAAAUUUUUAUGUUAUUAGUUGUGGGCAUUACUAGUGGCAUGUGGAUCUGGACUUCCAAGACUCUUCAAUCCUGGCAAAAUGUUUGUAGUCGGAGAUUAAAGAAGAGAAGUAGGAGAAAACCUGCGAGUGUCAUUACGAGUAGUGGAAUCUACAAAAAACCUCAACACCCACAGAAAACUCACCUUGCAAAAUACGAGUCGACAUUACAACCACCCACUUGUGUGUGAGCAGGUUUUAGAGAAGACUGUAUCUCACCUUACAGACUUACACACGUCCACAGUAGCAGUCAGAAAUUAAAAAAAAAAAAAAGAAUGGUGCUUAUUUUGUCAGAGCAGUUUGAUAUCUCAAGGCACAAAAAGUGUACCAUGCUGAAUUCAGGACCUGGUGAAAAACUGAAGGUAAAUGUACUUACAGAAAGGUUUUCAGUGAAAGAAAUAUUGUGAAUUAAAACAGUCUGUUCUGUUACUAAUUUGUAGUUAAGUAUUGCAUCCAGCCCUCAGAUUAAAAAGAAAAAAGGAACUUAAAAAAAAAACCAACAUAAAAGCAAAACCAAACACAACAACAAACAAUUAACUUUUCCGUGUAGCUGAGCUGGAUUUCCUACAGGUUUCUGAGUAACAAGGUGUAGCCAAGAUUUGUGGAGCAACGAUUUGGUUUUAAAAGUGCCCAAGUGAGCAUUGUCUCUUCAGGGACUCUAAGGUCCCGAGGAGGCCUAUCCUCAGUAAGGAUUCUAUCCAGGAAAGCAACUUCCGUGCUAACUUUAAAGUCCUUUACAACUCAGCCUAGUGGGUUUGGAGUGCCUAAAAAUAGGUUCAAUCUAUAAUGCUCACCAAUAUUCUUUCACCAAAAGAGAAACUUCCUGCACCAGACACAAACUUUGUGAAUAAGAAUAAUGUGCAAUACAUUUUUUUUCUUACCAUGACAUGAAAAGAGAAACAAGUAUUUUGCUGUACAUAAAGACAACAAAAGAAAUCUCUUAACAAAAGAACUAAGAGGUCUAGUCCUCAGAAACCCUUUAGUGUUACAUUUUGUGGCUUUUUAAUGGAAAUCAAGCCAAUGUUAUACACGUUUGGACUGAUUUGUGCAAAAAAAAAGGGGGGGAUCAAUUCAAAGAGACCCAAAGGGCUUAUUGACUCUUUCUAUUGUUAAACAAAUUCUCACUAUGAAUAGAUCAAGAAGCACUAGAUUCUGCAAAGGGAAGCUUUGUAUAGAGUGAUGCUCUUUACUGUGCUGGGGGUGCACAGUUUUGUGCUGUAUAUAUUUGUAAUAUACAAUUAUUUUUCAUGCUCCACUAUUUUAUUAAAAAUAAAAUAUGUUCUUUAGUUUGAUAA